AUGCCUCCUUCUAAUCAGAAUCAAGACCAUUGUAUGCACACGUUCGUCCUUCCUUCUUUACCCAAGCUCGGCCUCCCUCCUCUCCCACCUAUAACCGAUUCCAAGCUCAGAGAAAUGGUGUUCACCCAUGCAAGUCUCUCAAAUGUGCCCAGAAGCUACAGCACCUCUGUCUUCCUGGAAGAAGGUCAAGGGAGUUUGGAUUACGAAAAACUAGAACACAUCGGAGAUGCUUUGCUUGAAGCCAUAGCUGUUUCCUUAGCUCACGAACUAUAUCCCAACUUCCGUCAAGGAAGUGCCUCAAUCAUGCGACACCAGCUUGUCAGUAACGCUACUUUAGCCCAAAUCUCAUGCCAGUAUGGUCUACCCAAUCUUCUCAAAUCGGAACCAUCCCUUCGAUUUACCCUUCGGCGAAACGAGAAAGUCCAAGCGUCCAUCUUCGAAGCUUACAUCGCUGCGGUGUACUACUCAUAUCUCGGCGGCGGAGAUAUAAUCACUGCCGAGUCAAGUCGAUCACUCCAGCUUGCACAGUCGUCCACCCCUAGCUCAAGUCUUUUGCCAUCUGUGGCAGAUCCCAGUCAAGGGGAAGAUGCGCAACCAGAUUCAGGCUCCGAUGGAGAGAGCGAGGAUAGCGAUCAAGAAUACUUUGAUGCGGAGUCAACUACGGAAUCAGAUACUGAUAAUAACGCCGGGUCUGGAGAAAGUGACGAAUCUACCGAUUAUUACGAUGGUAUCGAGAUCAUAUUCAAAGACUUGUCAUCGGAUGAAGAUAAGGACAUGAGCUCUUCGAAUUCCCAAAAAUCAUUUGAAUCAUUGCCUUCUCCCCAACUCAAUGACUCUCCCGAUAAUACCACCUCUUCCGAUACUAUCGUACCCCGCAAGACACGAGGUGAAGCAUAUGAUUAUCUCUUUCAAUGGUUAAGACAAGUCCUGAAGCCCAUCGCCCGGUUUGCUGUAGAACAUCUCGAGGUAGAAGAGAAACGAAUCCAGCAGAAAUACAAUCGUGUACCCGAACCGGUCUUCAUAGCUCCUGCAAGCUGGAAGGAGGAAGAUGAGAAAGCUCGAGGGGGGAAGAAUAUCCUUCAUUGUCAUUUUCAGGAAGGAGAGUUUCCAACCUAUACGGAAUCUCGACUACCUGGAAAUCCCAACACUUCACCUUGGAAGGUAGUUUGUACAGUCACUGAUGAUAGUGGCAAAGAAUGGACGGCGGAAGCUACGAGGUUUACCAAACGGGAUGCUGCUAAUGUGGCGGCAUGGAAGGUCUGUAUCGCCAUGGGACUUAUUAAGGCUGAUGAGUAG